ACACGAUCGAGUAGAAAAGAACCAAGGGAAGAAACAAGGCUGGAAAGGGCAGCGAGGCACUCCUUUUCAUAGUCUAUCUACUGUUUGUUAGUGGUGGCUGUCUGUUCAACUUUUUGAGGAGAGGACAGAAGAGAGAGAGAGAGUGGGGAAGAAGAGGUCGAGGCAAAGGGGAGGAGCAGCAGCUAGAGCUAGGCAGCAGGUUAGGCUAGGUUCGGUUCAGUUCGGUUAGGUGGCGAGCUCACUCAGUUAAUUCUUCACUCCAAGUCAAUCCAAGGAGUGUUGUGUUGCCUUCUUUCUUCUACCCUCCUCGAUCCUCCUCAGUAACCACUGUAGAGAAAGAGAGAGAGAGGGGCAGCCGGGCAGGCAAAGCAAAAGGCAACACAGGAAUGAAAAGCAAGCAAAAGCAGCUCAGCUUGGAGGCCACACACACACACACUCUCUCUCUCUCUCAUCUGUUCGAUCUAUCCAUUCACUCCCUUUCCCCUGCACUCUGCAAGCCAAACCACUCCAUCCCACCGUGUCAUCUCUUCUCAUCUCGCCUGUAAAUCUGACCCAAUCUCAUCUUAGGAGGAUGGGCUGAGCUGAGGUGACAAGCUGCAAGUGUCAUGAUCGCAUUGCAAUCGGUGUCGGGAGAUGCAAAUGCAAGCUAGCAGCAGCAAACUAAUGACGAUAACCUGCUUACUAGAGGUGGCGGCGUGAUUUGAUUUGAUUUGAUUCGAUUUACUCCAUCCAUCUUGUGCUUGCUCACUCCUUUCAUCUCGCUCCUCCACCCUGCUGCCAAUGGCAGUGGAGAUGACGACUCGCCGUAGCUGCAGCCGCAACACGCCGCCGCUCAUUUUGUCGCUCCUCCUCAUGCUGCUACCAUCCUCCUCCGCCGCCAGUUCGUCCUUCUCCCUCGACUUCUUCCCCGGCGCCGGCGCCAUCGCCCAGCUCGCCCUCUCCGGCUCCGCCAAUGCCGCCUCCAGCGCCGUCUCCAUGGCCUCCCCCAGCGCCCGGGUCCAGUACAGGAACCCCAUCGUCUUCUCCUUCGCGGGCGGGUGCGGCUUCUCCACCUACUUCUCCUUCGCCCUCCCACCACCACAGUCAUCCCUCGCCUUCUUCCUCACGCCCUCACCCUUCCCCUCCCGCUCGCCCCCCGCCCUCGCCGUCGUCUUCUCCGCGCGACACAUCCGAGUUGACCUCGCCGGCCGCACCGCCCUCCAGACCCAGUCCCACUCCCCCAGGAGGCAAAGGCUGCACUCGUGGAUAGACUACAACGCCACCUCCGCCACGCUCCAUGUCGGCCUCUCCGCAGCGCGCCUGCCCAAGCCGCCGCCCGCGCUGCUCUCCUACCCGCUCGAUCUGUCCCCGGUCCUCCGGAGGGGCCUUAUGCUGACUGGCUUCCAGUUCCAGGCCUCCUCCGCCGCUGCCGGCAAUUGCAGCCUCUUCAGCUGGGCCUUCCGGGCCAUCCACGGAGCUCCCUACCGGAUGCACUCCCAGCCGCUCAACCCCGCCGACCUGCUCACCACGCCGCCGCCCCAGCGUGUCCACCGCGCCCCUUACAACCCCUGGGGUGCUGCAGUGUCGCUGCUGUUCGCGGCCGCGUGCGGCGCCAUGGUCACCUUCUUUGUGCUCUUUCUCUGGUACUCCGUGGUGGCGCGCCGCCCCGUCGCGCCGGUGGAGUACCCCAUGCACCCCUCGGACGUCGUCUACGAGAAGAUUGUGCUCGUCGGAGUCAAGGACGAGGCAACCGCUGUCGACAACGAUGUGCCUCCUCCUCCUUCCGGCGGUAACAAGUAGAUGCUCCUCCUUCGAUCCUCAACUACUAGCUCUAGCUCGUCUUGCUUGUUUUCAUUCUUGCAAGUGUGUUGUAAGUAGUACCGUCGACGAUCAGCUACUACAGUAUAAUUGCUGCGGUGGAAACUGCAGAUUUUGCGACCAAAGACAAGAGCGCAAACUCUGCACUUUCCACCCAAAUUAUAUUGGCAAGUUGUAGCUCGUCAUGUCAUCCACCACUAUCCUGCUACCUACUAUUUCCUUUCCUUUCUUGUAAUGAAAGAAUUGCUUAGUGAUGUGCUAGUGUUUCACUUCUCAAUUCUAACUCAGAAGGUGAUCCUUGUUUCGGUUAAA